AUGGAUGUUAAUGUUGUGGACACAGAUGAGAAUCUAGAACCCGUUACUUACAUUUGUAGCGAAUGUGGAAAGGAUGUAGUUUUGCAGCCUGUGGCAGCAGUGAGAUGCAGGAAUUGUGGUUCCAGAAUACUGUACAAAAAUCGAAGUCACAAAGUUGUGCAAUAUGAAGCGAGGUAA